AUGGUAAGACACUGGCUACAUACAUUGGUCGAUGACACAUUGAUGCCGAAGCAGCUUAACCUUUUAAAAAGCUCUAUUGAUCAUGGCUUGAGAAUCGGAAUGCUGAGCCACGACUGCCCCGUCUGCGGUGUGGCCGCCACGCGCGCCUGCACGCGCUGCAAAAUGGUCCGAUACUGCGAUGGGGAGCAUCAGAAACAGCAUUGGCCUCAGCAUAAAAAGAGCUGCAAGCCGUAUCGCGAGGCAGUAGAUGAGCAGCUGGGCCGCUACCUGGUAGCCACUCAGGACCUAAAGGCAAAGCAGAUUAUAUUUGUCGAGGACCCCAUUGUGGUGGGGCCCAAGUGGUAUCUGUCUAAAACAGAAAAAACUUCCAUUAUCGUGCCCUGUGUCGCUUGCUAUACGCCCUGUCGCCUUGGCAAGCAUUUGUGUCGCAGGUGCCGUUGGCCCGUCUGCAGUGCGAACUGCGUGCACGAGAGCCUGGAAUGCACAGUACUCAGUCUGGGUCAGGGACCAGCGGCCAAAUCGGAUACAAGGGGCUUGAGAAAUUAUUACCGCGAGGAUGCAUUACUGGUUCUUAAGUGCUUGUUGCUGCAGCGCCAGGCGCCGGAGCGCUGGGCAGCGCUGCUUCAGAUGCAAUCGCACGAAGAGGAGCGUAAGGGUACCGAACUGCACCAAGAGGUGGAGAAGCGGAUUGUAAGCUAUUUGCAUCGUAAUUUCCUGCACCGUCUCAAUCAGGUAGCUAAGCAUUGUAAAGAGCGCCUCAUAUCUGAAUACGAGCCAGAGCUGAUUCAUCGUAUUUGUGGAAUCAUUGAGACUAAUUAUAUGGUUAUCGAACUGGCCACUGGAGUGGAACUAAGCGGCCUGUUCCGCAACGCCUGCAUGAUGGAGCAUGACUGCCAGCCAAACUGCUACUUCCAAUUUGAUAAUCUCACGCAUCAGAUUGCUGUUCACGCUGGCUGUGACAUCAAGAAGGGCGAACACCUUAAAAUCACAUACACAAACAUUUUGUGGGGCACGCAUAUGCGACAGCAUCACCUUGGAAUGACUAAGCACUUCAACUGCCGUUGCGCGCGCUGCCUGGAUCCAACCGAGUUCGGCAGCUAUGUGAGUGCUUUGCGUUGCUUGGGCGAUGUCAAUAAGACGUGCACGGGCAUACAGCUUCCGAUUGAUCCGCUCAACGAACACACGCAAUGGAAGUGCGACACGUGCCCCAUGGUUGUAGAAACUGCUUAUGUGACCGGCUUGCAGACGCAUAUGUCCGACGACGUGGAAAAACUGCUGGCGGGUCGGCCGACGGCUAGUCAAGUGGAACUGCUACUGGCGCGCCUCUCGCAAAUGCUGCAUCCCAAUCAUUUUCAUAUUUUCAAUCUGAAGCACACGUUAAUCCAACUGUACGGCUAUGAGGUGGGUUUGGAGUUGGCGUCGCUAAGCGACGCGCAGCUAGAUCGCAAGUUGCGGCUGUGCGACGAAUUGUACGAUAUCUGCCAACGGCUAGACCCCCAUAGCAUCAAACUCGCCAUCUAUGUUACUGUUAUACUCAUUGAGAUGGCACACGCCCUGGAACAACAGGCGAACCGGCAAUCGGAGCAAACCCAGGCUUUGGUCAUUCUCGAAAAGGCUCGGGCUCGUUUGAUGGAGGCACAUGAAGUUCUAGAGAAGGAGCACGACUCGGUGGCAGGUAGAAAGUUGUACAUGAAGCUACAAAAAGAAGUCUUUGAGCUGGACAAGCUAAUGGUAGCGCAAAGUCAUGACCGCCACACAGCGUAGAUUAUAACCAAAAAAAAUAACAUUGAAUGUAUAUUUAAAACUAUAAUAAAUAUUACGCUGUAUUUUGAUUUGCAUACAA